UGUGUUGGCGUUGCACCAGUUUGUGUUUGUAUUAUUUAGUUGGUAGUUGCUGUGUUUUUAUUUUUUGCAUCAUUUUGCGUUACCCAUCUGGCGAUGCCUCAGAAAGGAGAAAAGAAGAAGAAGAAAAAGAAAAUGUCCAACACAGACACACUGCAGGAGCAGAGAAAGAACAAGAAGGAGAUGGAGUUUGAGCUGAAACUUGCCAGAGAGAAGGAAGAAAUGCAAGAACGGGAGAAACAACUAAAGAUCAAUCGGCUGGUUCAGGAGGUCUCAGAGACUGAAAGGGAAGACUUGGAGGAGUCUGAGAAAGUGCAGCACUGGGUGGAGCGACUGUGUCAGACUCGGUUGGAGCAGAUCUCUUGUGUGGAGAAUGAAUCCCCAGAGCUCUCCCCGCCUCGUUCUCCUGGCUCAGAGCCAAGGGUGAAGCAUUUUCCUGGUGGUUUCAACCUAGCAACCACUGAUCUGGACGACAUAAACCUGGACGAGGUGGACCAGAGCCUGAGGGGACCUCUUAAAAAACUAGUCCCGACUCAGCCCACCACAAAUCAACCUCCACCUCCCUUGCCUCGCCCCCCACCCUCACCCAAACUGAACCCAACAAUCCCUAAGUACUCCCCGCCCUUACCUAGAGUAUCCCCACAGCGCCGGCCUCCUUCUUCCCCCAGUCCUAGGAARCCUCCAUCCUCUCCAUCCACUCUGACACACAGGGGGCGCAAGCCUCGCGCACAUCCCCAACAUACACAACCGCGCCGCCCGCCUCCCUCCAACUACCCUCCGCCAUCUCACACGUCAAGACCCCCAUCGUCCCCUCAGCCCACGCCACAUCCCCAUCCUCCGCCUCCCCCUCCUCCUCCGCCACCACCUCCUCCUCCUCCGCCCCCUCCCCCACAGCACUCUGAAGAACGUGAAUACCGCCAGCAUCACCACCACCACCACCACCACUUCCAACAUCCUCCCAGCCCUCCCGAACACAGAAGCGAGUGGGAAACAGGCGGCUACCUCCCCAGAGGGGGGAUUUAUGCAUCCAACACCAGUGAAAUGUCUCACCCCUCAAGUCCAAAGGUGAUGAGAAACACCUCCCAUGUCAGUCAUAUUUCCAGUUCAAGCAGUCAGCUGCAGCUGGCUCCCAGUCCCCCUAACCAGCGGCGUCAGAUGGCUCCCGUCAUGUCAAAGCCCGUCAUGCUGCCGCAGUCGCAGGCCAACCGGCCAGAUCCGCUCCGACCUGCUGUCCGUUCUGAUGGCCUGCCUCCAGAAAUGCUUAAACGGAUGGUGCCUUUCAACUCGUCUUUCAAAUCAAACAACAAACAAGGAUUUCAGAAAUACGUGGACGACUUUGAUCCGUACUCCAUGUUUUCCUCAGACCAGAUAGAUGGACGAGAUGUGAGAUUGCUAAAAAUAAAAAAGGCCGGACAACUUGACAUUGCUCUGGAAGGUGGAGCUGAGUCUCCUCUUGGAAAGUUGGUGGUGUCUUCAGUGUAUGAAGGCGGUGCAGCCGAUAAGCACGGAGGGAUCGUUCCCGGUGACGAACUCAUGGCUGUCAAUGGGAAGAUCCUGAUUGAUGCUAGUUUAGAAGAGGGACAAAACUCUCUGGCUCGGGCCUGGAACAGUGGAGGGGACUGGAUUGAUGUGGUGAUUGCUGUGUCCCCUCCAAAGGAUUAUGAAGAUGAAGUCCCUAAGUCAGCAUCAGUCAGUCCCACUGUGAACAGAAAGGUGUUUGAAGGCAGUGCAACACUUUACAGACAUGGCUAUCAGCUUCAGCACUAGCCCCACCUCUCUUCCUUCCUCACCCUUGUUCUGGUAAUCAACUUAGCCUUCAGCCCUCAUCUUCUCUGCUGCACGUCAGAGGGGAGGUUUGGUGUGGCUUUUGUUUUUGUUUUUGUUUUUGUUUUUCCUCUUGUGGACAUGUGACAGUCUCUCUGACAACUUGAAUACUUAAGACGGCAAGAGGAUUUUAAUGUUUGUUUCCUCUCAUCCGGGCAGGUUUAUAUCUUCUUGUUGCUUGGUUUGCUCCAUAGAAAACGGUCAUGACUUUGAAUGUACAAUGUCCAAAGGAGGAUUUAAAUAAAACACUCUAGUUACUUUAAAGACAUUUAUAGUAAUAAGUGACAGAUCACCUUGUGUAUGUGCUGGAUCCAGUGAGCCGUAAACAUGUUGUUGUAUGUUCUCAGGUCACGGACACCACAGACUCCUGUCAGCCUUCACCAGUUGUUCUGAUUGAUGUUGUUUCUUGGACUGUUACAUGUCUUAAAAUCUUUGAGUCUGAGAUGUUUUUUUUAUUGAAUUUACUGACACAAGAUUACAUCCACUCAUCAUAUUAGUUUUGGGCUUUUGGUGAUUCAUUUGAACUUAUUGUAGCUUUUCAUAAACCACUAUUAAUAUUUGAGUAAAUGUCCCAGAGGAGGUUGCAGAUAAAACAUCAGUUGUGGUCAGCAACAAGCUGCUGGAGUAAUUAUGACUGAUAUUUUGACAACAACAAUCCAUUUAAAAUUGUUUUUUCUGUUUUGGGCCAUUCUGAAGACGUAAUUAGUCUUUUUUAAAAUCCUUUUCCAAAUUGGAUUUGAUGGGCCAUAUCAGGUUUUCCUGUAAAGCUAAUGAUUUAGGACUCAGAGUAACAAGCCAUAGCUGAAUGGUUCACCCUGACUCCAUAUUUGUUUUCAUCUUCGUCUCCUCUGAACCUAAACCUUUCACUUCAAAACAUUUAGUCGUUCCAUAAAGAGCAUUUGCAAUUUUCAGCUAUGCUUCAUGGUGUUUAUUUUAGAUUCUUUACUGGUCAGCAGCACCCUAUCCGGUUUCAUCUGUAGCUCUAAGCUGCAUAAUGAGUCAUAUGUGCAAAAAGAAUGGCUUAAAUAAAUCACCAAAAGCUCAAAAUGAAUAUGAAAUGCAUGAUAUCUACAUGUAAACUUUUGACAAGACCUGUGUGUAAUGUGAGAGAUGCACCAAUUGCAGUUUCUAGGCAGAUUCUAGUCUUGAUCUGAGAAUUUUUCCAAAAAAAAAAACACCAUACAAACUUCAAAAGAUUUUUAACAGCUUAAAAAUAUAUAUUACAAUUUGUGCACCUCUAGAUACUUUUUUUUGCAUCGCAGUAGUUUAGAAAAAGUGACUGUCUUCUGUAACUCAUUUGCAUUAGUCCAUCUCUGUUUGUUGUGGUUGCCGUGCAGUGUCUAAUAGGAGAAUGACAGAUACAAUAUGAACAGAACAAACAUGUAUUUCACUUCAGAUAAAAGAAAAAGCUUCUAUUGUUUACAUUCUUUUGUUAACUUUGCUCCUUUCUC